AUGGCAACUGUCUCUUCUUACAACUAUUACACCGAUGUUUUCAUUGCAGGAGGCACAGGCAAUCUUGGUCAACACGCAACCAGAGCCUUUCUUAAACAUCCUACAAAAGCAUCAGUUCAAAUUCUUGUUCGAAAGGAAAGUGCAGAAAAGGCACAAGAGCUCCAAGAAUUGGGUGCCAAGUUGGUGUUUGGUGACCUUGCCACUCUUUCACAUCAAGAACUUUGUGAAAUGUUAAAAGGAGUUGAAGUGGUCGUUUGUAUUCUUUCUGGAGAAGCUCGUUCCUUGCAACUCAAACUAUUAAAAGCAUCGGUAGAGAGUGGUGUCAAGAAAUUCCUUCCAUCGAGCUAUGGAAUCGAUUACAAUCGUUUGAAUUAUGGAGUGUCUGCUGUGUUAGACAGUGUCAAGAAAGUUGCGGAUGAGGUCAUUCAGAGUGGUUUGGAAUAUCUCAAAUUCAGCAUAAGUCUUUGUCUUGAUGUUAGGGAACAACUCCUCAUUGUCAUAUCUCUCUGCCUGUGCAAUCUGGGAGAGUACAAUCCAUCUCAAUUGUUUAAUAAAAACUAA